AUGGCAGGAAGAAAACCUAUAGGUGUAUUUGCUCUUCACAUUGUAUAUCUCCUCUGUGACUAUGAUGUGGAUCGUGGAAGAGACCUUGAUAUUUUUGACAUCAAUGAAGAGGCAGGGCUGAAUCUUGUAGAGGGGGACAUUGUGCUUGAUGAAAGGCAAACUCGAAACUCCUUAAUAGGAGACCAGUACAGGUGGCCAAAGACAAUCCCAUACUACAUGGAAGAUGACUUAGAGAUCAAUGCAAAAGGUGUGAUUCUGAAAGCCUUUGAGCAGUAUCGGCUCAAGACCUGCAUUGACUUCCAGCCUUGGAAUGGAGAAAAAAACUACAUUUCCAUCUUUAAAGGGGGCGGCUGUUUCUCCUCUGUGGGUAACCGGCGGGUUGGGAAGCAGAGAUUGUCAAUAGGGACAAACUGCGACCGCAUCGCUACCAUUGAACACGAGUUUCUUCAUGCUCUGGGUUUCUGGCAUGAGCAGUCCAGAGCAGACCGCGAUGACUAUGUCAGAAUCAUGUGGGACCGCAUCUCAGAGGGUAGAGAGCACAACUUUAACACCUACAAUGACACCACCUCCAGCUCUUUGGGUGUACCCUAUGACUAUGGCUCCAUGAUGCACUACAGUAAAAAUGCAUUUCGCAAUGGCACAGAGCCCACCAUCGUCACCAAGAUCCCUGCAUUCAGUGAUGUUAUUGGCCAGCGUAUGGAGUUCAGUGACAAUGACCUGCUCAAGCUCAGCCGCCUCUAUAACUGCACAAAGAGCUCCACAUUCCUGGACUCAUGUGACUUUGAACGUGAGAACAUCUGUGGUAUGAUCCAGGGUGAAGGGCGUAAGGCGGACUGGCUUCGGCUUUCCAAAGCUAUUGGAGGGCCCAACACUGACUACUCCAACAUGGGCAAAUGCACCGGCUCGGGUUAUUUCAUGCACUUCACCACGGGCACAGCCAACAUUGGAGAUACAGCUCUGCUUGAGAGCAGGCUCCUUUACCCCAAAAGAGGUUAUCAGUGUUUGCAGUUCUUCUACUACAACAGCGCCGGCCCCAGCGACACACUGAAGAUCUUUGUCCGAGAGUAUGACCAAGCUAACCCCAAUGGAAAACAGCGUCUUAUAAAGAUAAUAGAUGGCUCCCCUCAGGAACUGUGGCAACUUCACCAUGUGAGUCUAGACGUCAAAACAAAAUUCCGCGUUGUCUUCCAAGGAACCAAGGAGGGCUCUGGACCCUCUGAAGGGGGGCUGUCCCUGGAUGACAUUAACCUCUCCGAGACCACCUGUCCAGAGUUUAUAUGGCGAGUGAAGAACUUCAGUCAUGUUAUGGACACCACCCCACCAGACACAGCUAUCUACAGCCCCCCCUUCACCUCUAAGGAGAACUACUCCUUCCAGAUGAAGUUGUAUCCCAAUGGUAAGGCAGGUUACCCUGGUGAGUUGUCCGCCUAUGCUAAUCUGGUGGCCCGUCAAGGGGACACCGGGCAGAAAUGGCCAUGCCCCUGGAAACAGAUUACCAUGAUGCUCAUGGACCAGCACCCACACAUCCAAAAGCGCAUGUCCAACCAGCGCAGUGUCACCACAGACCCCAACAUGAAGACAUCAGACUCUACAGAGUUUUUCUGGGACGACCCUCGCAAGGUGGGUGUUGAAGUCACAGAUACAGAUGGGUCCAAGUAUUUCCAAGGGCCAGGCUCCGGCACACCAGUGUAUCUCACCCACCUCAGAGCCAAGAGCAGGGAUUUUAUCAAGGGAGGAGACGCCAUCUUUCUCCUUACCAUGGAGGAUGUUUCCCAUCUGACUGUGAGCCAGCCUCUGCCCCCCCCAACCCAGCAACCUACCACAACCCAGCAACCUGACAAUACAACAACAACUCCCUGCACUACCAUACAAUGUUUGAAUGGUGGAGUGUGCCUGGUGGAUGAAGAGAAGGCUUCUUGCAGGUGUGUGGUGGGUAACGACUGGUGGUACUAUGGGGACAGCUGUCAGUACAGAGGCUCCACCAUGGACAAAACCAACCUUGCACUCGCCUCUUCUCUGUCUGUACUGGGAGUCAUGCUGGUGAUUACAGUGGUCAGUGUCGUCUGUUUGAAGAAGAAGUAUAAGAAACAAAGUAAUGACAAUCUUGUCAUGGCAAACGUGCAUGCAGGUGGCAAUGCGAGAUUCUGAACUUUACAAUGACAAAUUUAA